AGUUUUGUCCACACGAUGCUAAUUCUUUCUUAUAUUCACGGCGAUAACCUUUUUAUCAACUGCCGAUUUUGUUUUCACCGAAUAAGGAUGACGGAGGAGGGAUAUUCACCCGGGGAUAUUGCCGAAGCUGUGGUACCCUGUGUGCUGGCUGUCGUCAGCUUGAUUGGCAACUUGUUAGUGGUCUUAGCGGUGAUCCGCAACCCUGCCAUGCAGACCAACGUCAAUUUUCUCUUGGUGAAUUUAGCCAUUGCAGAUGUAGUAGCCGCAGUUUUCGUUCUCCCUCGUUUCACCUUCAGGUUCAUUCUGACGCACCCCCGGGGCAAUGCCGGGGACGUCUUGUGUAAGUUCGUGAGGGACUUAUCAUGGGUUGGAGGUCAAGCAUCGGCGUUUACGCUUGUUGCUAUUGCGUAUGAGCGCUACUUCGCCAUCCUGCGUCCCCACCGCGGCCUCGCGAGGACCUCUAAGCGAAAACUCAACCUCAUCAUUGUCUUGAGCUGGAUAUACGGCGUGGCAUUGGAAUCUCCCUCUAUCUACUCUUCUAAGUAUAACAAAGACCUGAGGAUUUGCGACGAGAAAUGGGGGAAUGUGAUGGUAGGCAGGGUGUACUCUGUUGUGCUUUUUAUAAUGGACUUUGUCAUGCCCUUGGCUAUGAUGACAGUGGCAUAUGCGGGGAUUGUGAAACAUUUGUGGGGGCGCCAGUCUGCGGGUGUACUUAACGCUGCAAACUUGGCGUCGUGUAGAUUCCGUAAGCGCGUGACAUUGGUCCUUCUCGCCGUCACUGUCUCGUAUACAGUCUGUUGGCUUCCCUUGCCAUUGUGCUACAUGUUGUAUCACGUGACAGGCCCCGCCCUUGUUGACUACAACUCCAAGACGUACAACUUUGCCAUUAUGUUCGUGUCUUUAAAUGCUUGUUUGGACCCGAUACUGUAUAGUCUUCAGAGUAAGCGCUUUGGCCGGAUCAUCCGACGAAUGCUUUGUCCUUGCUGUAUAACAGAUAGACUGACUAUCAUCAACUACAAUUCACGCGGAUAUAGGGGGCGGAACAAUCAGCGUAGAUUGACAAAUUUCAAUAACAUCCCAUACGGUGGUCCUUGUAGGUUGAAUAUUUCUCAUCUCAACCGAACGCCUUCAGGCAGUGAGAGAAUGGAAACGCGACGCCUUUCCACGAUAAAGGAAAAGGAUAGCAUGUGCACUCAAAAAUGCUAGCCAGGGGAUAUUUAUAAAGGGGGCGAUAGGGCCCAAGAAAUACUGACAGAGCAGUCAAAGACGUGAUUUACUGAAAUAAGAAUGAGUGGACAUUCAAGACGGUUAACAAAGGAAACACUGAUAGAAAGUGCGAUGCGCAGUCGAAAAGCGUAGCAGGAUAUACGUAUGAUGUGCACUCAAAAAUAAGGGCAGGACUUACUGAUGAAAAGGUCCAUGCACGCUAAUAAACCACUGAUAGAAAAUGCGGUGCGCAGAUCGAAAACAAAGGUAGCCAGGAUACAAUAAAAGUGCUGUUCGCACGAAAGAAGGGUAGCCAGUAGCUAAGAGAGACGCAACAGCAGUUCGAGUUUAUCAGUGAAGAUAUGGCCAAUCAAUUGUACAUAUGGAACUGGUUGAUAAAUAAAAGGGAUUGAUAGAAAAAAA